AUGACAAAGAAAGUCGCUAUCAUCAUCUAUUCCUUGUACCACCAUGUGGCUACGCUUGCUAAGGAAGUCCAGAAGGGCGUGGCUGCUGGCGGUCUCUCUGCUGAUAUCUUCCAGGUCCCAGAAACCUUGUCGGAAGACAUUUUGGCGAAGUUGAAGGCCCCUCCAAAGCCUGAUUUCCCCACUGCUACCUUGGACACUUUGACCGACUACGACUACUUCGUUUUCGGUAUUCCAACCAGGUACGGUAACUUCCCUGCUCAAUGGAAGGCCUUCUGGGACUCCACUGGCGGUUUGUGGGCCAAGGGCGCUUUGCAAGGUAAAGUGGCUGGCACUUUUGUGUCUACCGGUACUCCAGGUGGUGGCCAGGAGGUCACUGCCUUGAACUCUUUGUCUACCUUGGUUCACCAUGGUAUCACAUAUGUGCCAUUGGGUUACGGUAAGGCUUUCCCAUUGCUUACCAACUUGGAAGAAGUCCAUGGCGCUUCUCCUUGGGGAGCUGGUACUUAUGCUGGUGCUGAUGGCUCCAGACAGCCAACCGACUUGGAGAAGCAGAUUGCUCAGGUCCAGGGCGAGAACUUUGCUGAGUUCGUGCUGAGAUUCAAGUAA